CCGGCUGUCCCCCUGCCCUCACCAUGGCUGGCGGCUUCCUAAUUUCCAAGCCCGUGGGCAUCCUGUGCAUCAUCCUGGGCGUGGGGGCCGUGAGCACCAUCAUCGCUUUGUCCGUGGUGUACUCGCAGGAGAAGAGCAAGAAUGCCGAGAGCCCUCCUGUCCCCACCCCGCCCCCUGCCACCACCACCCCGGACCCAAGCCUGCCUUGGAACCAGUACCGCCUGCCCAAGACGCUGAUCCCACACUCCUACAAAGUGUCGCUGAGACCCUUCCUGAGCCCCAACAGCCAGGGUCUCUAUGUCUUUCACGGCAGCAGCACCGUCCGCUUCGAGUGCCAGGCUGCCACCAAUGUGGUCAUCAUCCACAGCAAGAAGCUCAACUACACCGCAGAUCCUGUGCUGCGGUCGGUGGACGGCUCCCAGGCCCCUGAAAUCAGCAGAUGGGAGUUGGUCAAGUUGACCGAGUACCUGGUGCUUCAUCUCAAGAACCAGCUCCAGCCCGGCAAGUUCUACGAGAUGGACACUCGGUUUGUGGGUGAGCUGGCUGACGACCUGGCUGGCUUCUACCGCAGCGAGUACAUGGACGGAGGCGUCAAGAAGGUGGUGGCCACGACCCAGAUGCAGGCUGCCGAUGCCCGGAAAUCCUUCCCAUGCUUUGACGAGCCAGCCAUGAAGGCCAUGUUCAACAUCACCCUCAUUCACCCCAACAACCUCACAGCUCUGUCCAACAUGAUGCCUAAAGAUACCAGGCCAUACCAUGAAGACACCAAUUGGAAUAUCACCGAGUUCCAGAGCACCCCCGUAAUGUCCACGUACCUGCUGGCCUACAUUGUCAGCGAAUUCGAUAAAGUGGAAGCUAAGUCAUCAGGUGGAGUCCAGAUCCGGAUAUGGGGCAGACCCAGCGCAAUCAAGGCGGGACAUGGCAAUUACGCCCUUAAUGUCACAGGCCCCAUCCUGGACUUUUUUGCCAAACAUUAUAGUACUUCCUAUCCACUGAGCAAAUCCGACCAGAUCGCCCUGCCUGACUUCAACGCUGGCGCCAUGGAGAACUGGGGACUGGUGACCUACCGGGAGAACUCGCUGCUGUUCGACCCAGUGACCUCCUCCAUCGGCAACAAGGAGCGGGUGGUCACCGUGAUCGGCCACGAGCUGGCCCACCAGUGGUUCGGGAACCUGGUGACCGUGGCCUGGUGGAACGACCUGUGGCUGAACGAGGGCUUUGCCUCCUACGUCGAGUACCUGGGUGCUAACGAUGCGGAGCCCACGUGGAAUCUGAAAGACCUGAUGGUGCCCAACGAGCUGUACCGGGUGAUGGCCGUGGACGCGCUGGCCUCCUCCCACCCACUGUCCACCCCUGCGGAUGAGGUCAAAACGCCCGCACAGAUCAGUGAGCUCUUCGACUCCAUCUCCUACAGCAAGGGAGCCUCGGUCCUCAGGAUGCUGUCCACCUUUCUGACGGAGGACAUUUUCAAGGAGGGCCUGGCUUCUUACCUCCACGCCUUCGCGUACAGCAACACCGUCUACCAGGAUCUGUGGGAUCAUCUGCAGCAGGCUGUGGAUAAGCACAAGUAUGUACUCCCCAGCACCGUGAAAGACAUCAUGGACCGCUGGAUCCUGCAGAUGGGCUUCCCCGUCAUCACUGUGGACACUACCACUGGAAGCAUCUCUCAGAAACACUUCCUUCUUGACCCCGACUCCAAUGUCACCCGCCCCUCCCCGUUCGAGUAUUUAUGGAUUGUUCCCAUCACGUCUAUGAAAAAGGGUGUGUCACAGAACCAUUACUGGAUGGAGGACGUUAAAACUGCCCAGACUGAUCUGUUCAAAAUGAACAACGACGAAUGGCUCCUUCUGAACCUCGACGUGACGGGCUACUUCCAGGUCAAUUAUGAUGAAGCCAAUUGGAAGAAGCUUCAGAACCAGCUGACGAGUGAUCUAUCAGUCAUCCCAGUGAUCAAUCGUGCCCAGAUCAUCCACGAUGCUUUCACCCUGUCCAACGCUGGGAUAGUCUCCGUGACGCUGGCCCUGGACAACACCAUGUUUCUGAACAAGGACAUCGAGUACAUGCCCUGGCAGGCCGCCAUCGACAGUCUGAGCUACUACAAGCUCAUGUUCGACCGCUCCAACGACGUCUACGUACCCAUGAAGAACUACCUGAAGAAGCAGGUCACACAUCUCUUCAAUCAUUUCAAAAAUGUCACCAAUAACUGGACACUGCGUCCACAGACACUCAUGGACCAGUACAAUGAGGUGAACGCCAUCAGCACCGCCUGCUCCAAUGGGCUUGAGGAUUGUCACACAUUCGUCACGGAACUUUACAAACGGUGGAUGCAAAAUCCCACAGACAACAGGAUCAUCCACCCCAACCUGCGCUCAGCUGUCUAUUGCAACGCCAUCGCCCUGGGUGGUGACGAGGAGUGGGAGUUCGCCUGGAAACAGUUCCGUAAUGCCACCGUGGUAAACGAGGCUGACAAGCUCCGCGCCGCCCUGGCCUGCAGCACCAACAUCGCCACUCUUGAAAGGUACCUGAACUACGCCCUAGACCCCAACUACAUCCGGAAGCAGGACGCCACCUCCACCAUUAGCAGCAUUGCCAGCAACGUCCAGGGGCAGACUCUGACCUGGAUGUUCGUGAAAUUCCACUGGAAGAAGCUGUUCAAUGACUUUGGCGGCGGCUCCUUCUCCUUCUCCAACCUCAUCCAGGCGGUGACUCGGCGUUUCAACACGGAGUAUGAUCUGCAGCAGCUGGAGGAAUUCAAGAAGGAGAACAUGGACACGGGCUUCGGCUCGGCCACGCGGGCGCUGGAGCAGGCCCUGGAGAAGACGAAGGCCAACAUCAAGUGGGUGAACAAGAACAAGGUGGCUAUCAAGGACUGGUUCACAGCACACCAGUGAUGGGCCUGACCCAGUCACCAGGCCAUCCGUGUCAGCCUGGUCCCCAGAACGCGCUCCAGCCACCUCACUCCAAAGACAAGUUCUGGUCCAGUCUCCCCUGCGGAGGGGCCAUGUCACAUUCUCACUCUCACACUGCUGAUCUCAGGGAACCCCACCCAGCCCCAGGCCCCCAGGGACAGCCUCCAGGAAGAUGAUGUCCCUUGAGGGCUUGUUGCCCCUCCAUAACACGACAAACCCCAACAAACCCACAGGACCAGAUCUGUAUUUUUUUUUUCUAAGAGAAAAUGUAAAUAAAGAAUUUCU